AUGUGCCCCCUAAGCGCAGGGAGCCUAGCAAGUGGAGUCACGUGUGCACCAGCAUGCGACAUACCCCCUAGACAGGCUCGCAAGAGGCUGUCUGUGGAACAUCUACCUACGUUAGCGAACUGCGUAUCUAUUCCUAUCCCUUAUUUAGCUAUACCGUCUACUAUAUGCCUCACCGCCUUUAAGAAGGCUUACACUACCAAGGUGGUUAAGAACAAGCUUGCCCUGCUCUUGGCCACCCCCUCCAAGUCUAGCGCUAGCGCUAGCAAGAAGACCCCUGCUAUGCCUAAGACCCCUAUUACGUCGAAGACCCCCUCUAAGUGUAUAGCGCCCUCCUCCUCCUUCUCCUCUUCGGAGGAAGAGGAGGAGGAGGGCGCCCUUAGAGAGGUGCUCUACCUUAGCUACCUCAAGUCCACUAUAUAUAAGGGUAAAGACGUCGACGCCAACAAUAACGAUAACGAUAACGACGAAGAGCGUAUACCAACGCCUGCUAAGGGCAAGGGUAAAGGCAAGGCGAAGGUAGCUACGCCUACUAAGAAGGCUAAGAAGGCUAAGAAGGAGGAGAGCAAGGAGGAAAACAAAGAUAAGGAUAAGGAGGAGGCUACUCUAGGCUUUGACCUAGAUACGCUAAAGAAGGGCGGUAAAUAG